AUGAACACUCCUCGUUCGUCCCAGUGUUCCUUUUGCGACAGGCCGCAUCCCAGUUCAGACGUAUUGCUUUCCAGUCAGGGUGCGGCGGCUGUCUGCUUCUCUUGCGUAAGGACCCUCGCCGAAGUCGUAGCGGAGGAGGACGGAAUAACGCCUCCGCCCCCACCCCCUCUCCGGCGCCUGACGCCCCGCGAGAUCUACGCCAAUCUCGACGACUACGUAAUUGGGCAGGACCGGGCAAAAAAGGUACUCAGCGUCGCUGUCUACAACCAUUACAAGCGCGUUCGCAGUGGCAUGAGGUCCCCGGCGGUCGAAAUCCAGAAGACCAACAUUCUGCUCAUCGGCCCCACUGGCUGUGGCAAGACACUGCUGGCGGAAACCCUCGCACGCACCCUGGACAUCCCCUUCGCUGUCUGCGACGCCACUUCCCUCACAGAGUCCGGAUACGUGGGGGAGGACGUGGAAAACAUUCUGCUGCGUCUCAUCCAGUCGGCAGACUGGGACAUACCGCGUGCCGAGCACGGGAUCAUUUACAUCGACGAAGUGGACAAGAUCGCCCGCAAGGAGGGCAUAAACCGCUCCAUCACUCGCGAUGUUUCGGGCGAGGGCGUGCAGCAGGAACUCCUUAAGAUUAUCGAAGGAUGCGUGGCCAAUGUGCCUCCCCAGGGAGGGCGCAAGCACCCUCACCAAGAAUUCCUGCAGAUCAAUACCAGCAACAUCCUGUUCAUCUGUGGCGGCGCGUUCGAUGGCCUGGAAGAGGUGGUAGAAAAACGCGUCAAUUCUUCGAACAACCGGCUCGGUUUCCUGGCCGGCGCCCGCGCCGAGCAGCAGGGCUCAGGCACCAUGACUUCUGGCGUAAGCCCCGACGACCUGCUGGAGUUCGGAUUCAUACCGGAAAUGGUGGGGCGAUUGCCGGUAACGGUAACGCUGGAACCCUUGGACAAAAGCUCACUGAUCCGGGUAAUGACGGAGCCCAAGAACGCAAUAGUCAAGCAGUACCAGCACCUCUUCCAGAUCGACGGGGUGGACUUGGAGUUCACGCCAGGGGCUCUGGAGGCUGCUGCGGAACGAGCGGUCGAACACCGCACUGGAGCGCGUUACCUGCGGUAUGUGAUCGAGGACACUCUCCUCGACGUGAUGUACGACCUUCCGUCCAUGAAUACCGCCGUUCGCUGCGUGGUGGAUCGGGAGAAUAUCGAGGGCAGGGAACCGCCGAAGGUGCUGAGUUCCAGCGGCGGCAAUGUCUCGUUACCUACAGAGCCAAUCAGAAAGUCAGCCUGA